AUGCCUCCUAUUUCGGACAUUGGCCCUUUACCAUCUAGAUAUCCACCUCAUCCCGACCCUGAGGGCUUACAGCCCAUCCCACGCGAAGACUGUGGAUGUCCUGGCAAUCCCAACGCUACUGAGGAUCACUGUUCUCGCAUACACUUCCGUAACGAGAGAGCCAUAAAAAGGUUUUACAAGGAGAGGAUCGAUUCCAAGAAAGCACAGAUCAAACGAACAGAGGAUGAUAUAGAGAAGUGGAAGCAGAGGAACUAUGCGAUGAAGAGCGCAACCAUGACACACAUUGCCGUUCUGCAUCGGCAGUGGCCUUGUAACCAAUUAGGGGACGAAUGCGAGGCAAAGCUGGAGGAGGAAGAAGAGGAAUUCUUGAGCCAUUGGAGAACGUUAGACUAA